CCUGGUGGUAGGGAAGGGAGGGACUUGGGUCCUUUAAUCGAGAUGUUGGCUGGGAAGGUCAGCCCCCUCCCUCCACUGCUCUCCCGACAGAGAGAAGAUGACCAACGCAUGGAAUACAUGGCUAGCCUUUACAAGCAGUCGGCCGAUCCGAACGGGAAUCCUAAAACCAACCGAACCACCAAGACGAACACCAUUCGCCUGGUGAAGCCCAGUUCCAGUAUCUUAAUCGCCAACACAGGUCACUGGCACGUCCAUCACAUUGAAUACAAUCUGCAGUAUAUUCCAGAGCUGGAACACUUGAUUAAAGUUGCAGUUAUUUAUUUGCACAGUGCUCUUCCUAAUCACUUCAAGGUUUUUUGUGAGAUCAAAUGCCUUGCAAAUUAUGUUGACGCAAAAUUCCUACAAAAUGCCACGUCCACAGAAAUACCCAUCAAAUUUGUGUUAAAGAUGCAUGACCAAUGGGCAGAAGCUGAUGUAACCCCGUGUGUGUAUUUCCCAUCUGGCAGUUCUGUGAAGAAAGUUGAUCUGAACAUCAGUUACAAGUGUGCUGAUCUAGGAAACAUUGGUCAAGCACCUCUGGACAAGAGUGCCAUCCAUCUCCAAGUACCUUCACUGCUGUUGUACUUAAAUGAUACUGACGAGACUGCUCACCAAAGGAGGGAGAAACAGAAGAAGCAAAUUCUAGAGAAGCCUUCCGGAUCCCGUACACUAUCCAGGAAGCCUCGGCAAUUAAGUAACAUUGGCUCAGACAUUCCUAACUUACUCCAUAAAAGAAACCCUCCUCGGAACAACUGCAAACUCCAUUCGUUCUGGGUAAGCUUUGAGCAAUUGGGAUGGGAUCACUGGAUUGUGGCUCCUCACAAGUACAAUCCCAAAUUUUGCAAGGGUGACUGUCCUAGAAUUCUCCAUUAUGGUUACCACUCUCCAAACCAUGCAAUAGUCCAAAAUUUUAUCAAUGAAAUUGUUGAUAAAAAUGUUCCCCGUCCAUCUUGUGUUCCCUCAAAAUACAGCCCCAUUAGCGUUCUUAUGAAGGAACAAAAUGAUCACAUUGUGUACAAGGAAUAUGAGGACAUGAUUGCUGUUUCUUGUACGUGCAAAUAGUAGCAUUGCCAUUUUGUGCCACAUGUUUAGAAUUCAGGAAAUUAUUAGUGCACUGCAGUUAGUUACUUGAGUUGAUUGUUACAAUGUUCAAUGCUAUCCUACUACAUCUAUUGCAUUUAUUCAAGGAAAGUCAUUCCGUGACUGGCUCUUGGGUGUAAUUUAUUUGUCCUACUGCCAAUUAUAAGUAACUUGCCUAAUUCAUAGUGCAAUUGUGCAUCCACAGUAUUAACACUAUCCCCCUCAAAGUAAAAGGAUCUUAAAGCGUGAUCUUGCAGUGAAUGACCCACUAUUGCGGCUGGGGGAAAUGUCCCAAGCGUGUAGGAUA